CGCACCCGCACCACGGACACGGCGGGCGCGGGACCCGCCACGGGCAGCGGCUGGCGAGGGCUCCGGCGGGGAGACGGACAGACAGACACACAGCUAGACGCACAGACAGACGGACAGCAGCACCGCCACAGCGCGCACACAGAGCGCAGCGGCACCGCGCACAGCUCAGCCGCACCGCGCGGGGCUCAGCCACAGCGCAGCGCUCAGCGGCGGAGGACGAGCGGCGCUCGGUGCCGGGAGCCCGGCCGGCGGCACUGCCCGGAGAUGUCGGGGGUGCUGCUGAUCGCUGCCUGGUGCUUCCUGCAAGUGGAGAGCCGGCAUCCCGAAAUCAUCACGAGUAACAGCAACCAUGGCAAUUUCCUGGACAACGACAAAUGGCUGAGCACCGUUUCGCAGUACGAUAAAGACAAGUAUUGGAACAAAUUCCGGGAUGAAGUUGAGGAUGAUUAUUUCAGAAACUGGAAUCCAAACAAGCCAUUUGAUCAAGCCCUUGAUCCAUCCAAAGACCCGUGCCUGAAGGUGAAGUGCAGCCCACACAAAGUGUGCGUCACCCACGACUACGAGACCGCGAUUUGCGUGAGCCGCAAGCAGCUGGUGCACAGCCUUCGACAAAAGAAAGGCAACUUGGCCCAGAAGCACUGGGCUGGAGCAGCCAACGUGGCAAAGUGCAAACCCUGUCCCGUGGCCCAUUCCAGCGCUGUCUGCGGCUCUGACGGACACACCUACAGCAGCCAGUGCAAAAUGGAGUUCCAUGCAUGUACUUCUGGCAAAACCAUCACAACUCGAUGUGAAGGGCCCUGCCCCUGCCUGCCGGGACCUGAAAGUUUAAAACACAAGACGGAGAAGACUGCUUGCACAGACAAAGAGCUGAGGAGCCUGGCCUCGAGGCUGAAGGACUGGUUCGGUGCCCUCCACGAGGAUGCCAAUCGUGUCAUCAAACCCACGAGCUCGGAGACAGCACAAGGCAGAUUUGACACCAGCAUCCUCCCAAUCUGCAAGGAUUCCUUAGGCUGGAUGUUCAACAAACUUGACAUGAACUACGACCUGCUGCUGGAUCCCUCGGAGAUCAGUGCCAUUUACCUGGAUAAGUAUGAGCCGUGUGUCAAGCCACUCUUCAACUCCUGCGACUCCUUCAAAGACGGGAAGCUUUCCAACAACGAGUGGUGCUACUGCUUCCAGAAGCCAGGCGGUCUUCCUUGCCAGAAUGAAAUGAAUAGAAUUCAAAAGCUAAGUAGAGGGAAGAUUCUGUUCGGUGUUUUCAUCCCCCGGUGCAAUGAGGAAGGUUAUUACAAAGCCACGCAGUGCCACGACAGCACGGGGCAGUGCUGGUGUGUUGAUAAGUAUGGGAAUGAGAUAGCUGGCUCCAGAAAGCGAGGCACAGUCAGCUGUGAAGAAGAGCAAGAAACCUCAGGGGAUUUUGGCAGUGGUGGAUCUGUUGUAUUGUUGGAUGAUUUGGAAGAGGAACCUGAAGCAACAAAAAAAGACAAAGAAGGGAAACUGAAGAUUCAUGUAAGAGCAGCUAAUGAAGAUGAUGAAGAUGAAGAUGAUGAUAAGGAUGAUGAAAUUGGUUAUAUAUGGUAGUGCCCAUCAUGAUGAGGACUCACGUUUUGCACAAUAUUGCAAUUCACAUCAUAUCUCUGCAAUUGUAUCUGAGAGUACCUGGCACAAAAAUUCCCUGUCUACUGAGUUUAAUUUUGUAUAGCCUAUUUAAUUUGGAUGACAACUUUUUUUCCAGCAAGGACUGUUUGGAAUACAGCUUUUGUUCAGUUGGUUUGGGGGGUUUUUGUUCUAUCCACAGGGGCAAUGAGUUUUGUUUCAAAACCAUUUCAUGUCUUAAUCCUCACUUGCACCACUUACGAAAUCCAUCAUGUGAAAGAAUUCUGGAAGGGGCUCAAAAAAAAAAACAAUACAAAGGCUAAGAAGCCCCUCUCAUGUCAGAGAAUUUGUGUCAUAAAUUGUUACCUGGGUCAUAUCAGAAAAAGGUUUUUCUUUCAUGAAGAAGGAGAAGUAGGUGCUUCCUUUUCUAGUCCAUAUUUAUAAUGUCCCUGUGAAGAGUAAGUUUCUUUGGACAGUGGCUGCCCAGUACCAGGAGUUUAAUCCAGAAGAAAACCCACUGGCAGGACUUUCCCUUCCUUCCAUUCUUUGAGAAUGAGUCCAACAGGCUUAGUCCAGCUCACACUGAAGGCAAAACUCCACCAGGGCCCAGCUCAGCUAAAUGGCACUCUUCAUUUGGCCUCCUUGAUCUGAAGAGAUGCUGCAGCUGUCAUGGACCGAGCCCUAGAGGCAGAGUGCCUUUCAGAGUGUUUAAGGAGAGAGUAUUAGGUGAAUUUGUAGCAUCACAACCACCCCCAGAGCUGUUCCUCAGCUGCUGUCUGAGCUCGUUUGCACCACUAACACCCAGGCAGCCUCUGCUGCCAGCUCACACCCCAGAGCUGUCUGUUCUCCAUGAGCUAGAAUGCUGUCCAAGGCACCAACCCUCAAAAGUGACUGUCUCUUACUUCAUGUAAAGGUAACCUGAUUUAAAAAGCACCUUUAGGUGGUGAAAUUUCAAAGCAUAACCCCUUGGCUCAGUGUGGUGCUGCACACUUGUAAUACACACUCCUAAAAGAGAAUAGUAUUAAAAUCCAAUCUCCCUUGAUACCUCCCAUAUAUUCAAAGCUCUUGUAUCAGAGCAUAUUGACAUUACAUUAUUUGCAGUGUUCCUUUCCCAUGGCAGUUCUCAGAUGUAGUAAUGGGCUGUGGUGAUCUUUUAUUAUUUUUGCUGUUUUGUGAAGCAGUAAGAGGCACCUUAAUCUCACUCUUGCAUUAGGAGACAGGUGUGAGUAUUUUAGCAGUGCCUGUGAUUGGCCAGUGAGUUAUUUUGCAGAAUAAAAAAUGUGGCUUUUAUAACAAAAACUAAUUAGAAUUUAUUUUUUUUUUUCUGAGUUAAUGGUGGAUGUAGAGGUGGAGACAGCAUUGAGUCACAACAUGGUUGUCUACAUAGUCAGUUGAAAGCUGGAAAGUACCACACAGACUGGCAGAAGUCAGUUUUUAGGUACAUUGGCCCGGGGAUGUUGGCUCUCAGCCCUCUCCAAAGCCAGUGCCUGCCUGGCAGCCCUCUGGGUGGGACCUCUGCUUUCAGAUGUGAUCAGAAGUGGAAUUCCUUUCAGGUACUGUGUGCUGCAGGGGCUCUCCUGUUUUCUCCUCUUAUUUCCUAUUUAUCCAGAUCAAUGACCUGAGGACAAAGAGCAAGCCUGCAUAAUCAUUAUUAAUGCAGAAGGAUGUGUAAAACCAUGAAGAAUUUGUUGUUUCACGCCCCUGCAUCCUCCCAAAAAUCUGCCAUCACAGUCAUUUGCAAAAGGCCUGCAAUCUGCCCUGGCUCAAAUAAAUCCCUUUGGUUUUCCCAUAGCUUUAGCAAAAUAUAUCUAAUAAUCAUUUUCCAUGAGCUGCACCACACACAGACACAAACACACACACAUAUGCACACUUUUUCUAUUUGCUUUUCACAGAAAUUCUGCCAGCUUGCAGGAGGAGCAGAUAACCCAGCAUUUCUGUCUCCCUAAAAAUGAUUUUGUGAGAAGCAAUUGAACACUGUCAGUAGGUUCCUUCUUAAACAUCCUGUCUAGUUUUCCUCUGAUACUUUCUUAAUUAACUCCACAUUCUCUGGGUCUGGCUCUGCUGUCCUGUGCAAGACCUGCCUGAGGCACAGCUGCCAUUUCAUUCUGCCAUAAAUCUGAGCUCCACAAUCAGCAGAUUAUGCUUAUCCUCCUGACUGGGCUCAUUCUCCACACAGAGCUGGGGGUUUUGGCAGUCCUGUGUCCCUCCACAGCAGUUUAUCCUGGGCUGUGCCUUACAUCAAAGGUCACAGAGCAAAUCCCUUCCCCUGCCCAGCACCUCCCCAGGGUAAAGCCUGGCACUCUAAGCCCUUGCAGGCAGUACCAGGUCUGAGGCUGCAGAGGGCUGUGUCACAUGGAAACAUGCAAGAUGGUUAAAUUAAAGCUGUUAAAUAAGAAUGUGACCAUCUUUGAGUUUACAUGUGCAGACAUGGCAGCACCACCCGCUGGUGGUCUCCUGGCUGUGAUCUUCCACAUGUGAUGCUUCCAAAUCGGAGCUGGAAGGGUUUCUCUCUAAAUGUAAAGCAGUUACUGUCUCCCAGAGUCACCAGCUCAAACAUGGGAUGGUCCCAGUGAAACAAAUCCAUGCCCAGCCCAGUCUGGCGAGGGGGCUUGGCCUUGGCAGGCUCGGGUGGCCUCUGGUAGCACAUCCCCCUGCACCCAGAAACACACAGAAACACAACUGGGUUAGGCAUGCUGGCCUGGAUCCAGACAGAGCCCCCUCUCCAGGCGACUGCUCAGUCACCUCUUUGACUCUGCAGUGUUCUUCUGGCUCCAUCCAGCAUGGGAAUUGUGCCACUUGAUGGGCUGGGGCAGCUGGGCAGGGCAGCCGUGCCCAAUCCCAGUGUCCCGGCCAGGCAGCAGCAGGGCACACGUGCUUGGAAGGGCAGCUCAGACUCUGGAUUGCCUUGAGAGCAAGUUCCCAAAUCCUGCAAAGCUAUUUAACAAAGCCCUUUUGUGAUCCACUGGCAUCCUCCUGUGGUGGGGGAUCUGCAGCCUAUAUAUAUACAUAUGUAUACCUCUGUGUGACUGUAUAUAUACAUUUAUGCACAAUAUGUGUGUGCACAUGUAUGCAUAUGUAUGUAUGUGUGAGGAGAUGCAUUAAGAAAAUCUUCUAUUUAAUGAAAUAGUGAUAAAGAAACCAGCAAUUCUACCAAGAACCAGUGCUCUUCCAGAUCAAGCCCCUUCCAUUCUUCAUGCUUUGUAAAGGAUUUAAUUUGCUUCCAACUUAAUUUAAUUCAAUUCAUUCAUUUUUCGUUUUUUUUUUUUUUAACAAAGCAAGACUUACUUCCCAUCUGAAUCAAUUCAUUGACCUUCCAAACAUUUUCUCAUUGUGAAAAAUGGAAUCUGAGUUGUCCCAUUCUUUUAGAGACACAAACCAAAUGGAAUCAGAGUUGUCUCAUUCUUUUAGAAACACAAACCAAUUUUUAAUCUAAUUUUCUUUUCAUAUUACAGUCUAUGAGAUACUGUUAGGCAUUGCUUUAUGUUCCUUUUAACUACUGUAGUUAAAUCAAAAUACUGAGUUCAAAUUUCAGCACAGUAGGGUUUUUUGGGCCAUUGCUGUGAACCAUUUCUUUGCCUUUUUUUUAUGCUAUUCUGUACUAUUAUUUUUAACCAUUUGAACUGUUUAUUUAAUAUUUAUUCUACAGUUUAUAUUGAAGAUGUAAAGUUUAUAUUUAAAACAACACUGUUUGUUAGUGAAUGCUUCUCUUUGCCUCUCCAGCCUAGUCUGUUAGUCUCAGUGUACAUUUCUGGCAUGGGAAUAUUUUGAUAUUAGGAGUUUUGUAGCCUUUUCUCCCUCAAGCAGCAACUGAUGUAGAUCUAAGGUCACCACCUGACCCAGACCAGGUCGCUCGAGCUUCGCUUCCUCCGUUUGUUGGCUUCUCUCGCGGUCCCUCCUGUGUCCCAUCCCUUCAUCCACAGACUGCUUUGUACAGUUACUACACAUCAAAAAGCCCUUUCUACAGUAGGUGGGUUUUGGUCUUUUUAUACUUUUCUCAAUGCUGUUGAUGUCUGUUACUGUUCAAUGUGUAGAUCUGUAAGGAGAGAUCCAAAUAUUACGUGUUUCAGUUCGAUGUCCCUACUGUAGAUGGAUGUAGACUAUCAUAGUAAGUAGAACUGCAUAGUAAAUUCUGAAUGCUUUUUCCAUAAGGAGUUAAGUGGAAUGUGAGCAUUUUGCUACCUUUGGUUCACUGUAAAUGCUUAACUGUAGUCUGAAAUAGUUGCAUUUUUGUCUGUCUCAAUAAAUUUUAAUUUGUCUGCGA